GACCGUGUCACAUGGAGGGGAGUGAGUGGGAAUGGGGUGGCAGGAGAGGAUGCUGUUCUCAAAAAUCUUUAAGGUCCCCUCUAGGUUUAUCUCAGUUUACCACCAGGAGGCACAAGUGUGGAAAUGACAACCCUAGACUCCUGGGGUGGGGGGAGUAAGGCGCUUCCGGAUUGGUUCUGACUGCCACGUGGCCCUCUCAUAAUUGGCUAGAUGGACGCUGAAGUCCAUCGCUAUUCUGGCUUCAGUCAAGGGCACCUCCACAAACACUCACACCCCUUCACUGACUGUGUCUGGGAAGGACACGUUGUCCCACUGUCCAGGGACUGACCUGAGUAUAAACUACCCCAGCAAGGAGCUGAGUCUCUUGUCAACCUGAGGCCUUGUCUGGUCCUCCUGGGAGUGGGAUGGCUACCUCCUGCUCUGGGAGGGCAUGGGGCCACAUCCAGCUGCCCAGCUGUCAGGGCGCUGACGUGUGAUGCACCCCAGAGCCGCUCGGGUUUCCCCCCCGGGGCUGCCCCAGUGGCUGAGUUAGCAUCCCGGGCAUCCUCAGGCUAAAUAAGGAGCCUGUUUGGGUCAGGGGGCGGGGGCUGGGGUCCCCAGGGGCUUGGGGCAACCAUGCCAAACAAGGCAAGGAGAGGAGCGAUGUAUAAAACCUGGGCCUGGGGCUGAGAACCUGCCCGCGCCCUUACUGUGCCAUCUGGAGGGGCUCCGUGCCUCCUGCUACACAGCCAGUGGACCCGAGUCCUGAAGUCGACCCCUCACGAUGUCCAAAGCAGCUCCUGCCAAAAAACCAGUGGCUGCAGCCCCGCCUCCAGGAUGUACCCUGGAUAUCAAGGACCCCCAGGUCCAGAGGGCGGCCAUUCGCAUCCAGGCCUCUUACCGGGGCCACAGGUCCCGGAAGGAGCUGCGCGAGAAGGGACCGCCGCGAGUGCUGGAGCCGCUGAAGGAUGUGGUGCUGAUUGAGGGCAGCGCGGCUAAGCUGACUUGCCGCAUUUCGGCUUUCCCGGACCCAUUCAUCCGCUGGAGCAAGGACGGCAAGGAGCUGCGCGACGGGCCCAAGUAUCGCUACGUCUUCGAGGACCCUGACGUAGUCGCACUGGUGGUGCGCGACGGCGAGCUGGCAGACCUGGGCCAGUACAGCAUCAACGUAACCAACCCCUUCGGCCAGUGCUCCGACUCGGCACGCAUCUUCGUGGAAGUACCGGCGAAGAUUCAGAAGGGACCGGAUAACACUAAGGCGCGCAAAGGCACCACGGUAACGCUGACUGCAGAGAUCAUGGGCGAGCCUGCGCCCGACGUGGGCUGGACCAAGGACUGGGAGGACAUCGAUGAGGACGACAGAGUGUUCUUCGAGAUCGGCAGUACCACCACGACGCUGACUAUCCGCCGGGCCACGCCUGAGGACAGCGGCAAGUACGAGGUGUACGUGGAGAACAGCCUGGGCAUGGACCAGAGCUUCGCUCGCGUGGACGUGGCCUGAAAGGGACCCUCAGACCCUUCACCCUGGCUGGAGCCCCGGGUGGGUGGGACAGACAACCCUCCUUCAUCUUGCUUAAUAAAGCUGC